AUGACCAAGACAUCAUCUCUAGUUUCGCUUCUUUUUCUCUGUCUACCUGGCCUUGUAACUUGCGACGACAUCGAAACGCCCCAGGGGAACAUCUCCAUUGCCAUCCUGCAACAGCUUCAGUCGGCAUACGGUGUUGCUAUCAACCAGAAAGAACAAGAGAGCCUUUUCCUUACCCUGCCUUUGGUCGCACCUAACGAUAAAGAUCUUGUAGCCGUGGGAAAUAUUUCAACGGCCAAUGCGACCCCUUUUCAGAGUCGGAGUGAAAAUUUUGCGUUUUUCAUGUCAAUUACCGCUCGGAAGCCCGAAAUCGACGAAUGCGUGUUCUACACCUCUGGCUUGUCCAACACGGCAGUGAAUUUCGUUCGAAGACACAAUGCAAUAGGUGGUCGCAGUAGACUUACAACUAUAUGGGAGAUUUGGGGUGAUAGAUGGAUGCCGCAAUUGACGGAUCAGCGCUGGGACAAUGAUAUGCGCUGUAUUGUUCAAGUCAAUGUCUGGCCCGGGCGACGAAACACUGUUCGUCAACAAUAUUUUGAGCGUAUGUCGGACACCAUGGCGUACAUGUGCGGUGGGAAAGCUGCGAUCAUGGAUCGCAACAUACGCCGUGGACGAACUGGAAGGGUCAAACAGUCAAGCAUUUGGAAUCAAGUCGAGUUUCCGCGCCUGAAGAUGUCAGGUACAGAUAAGUGGACUGACGCAACUGGACGCAAUCGAGUGAUUACGAGAGUCGAUGCUAUUGGCGAAAAUAUACAGACGAUUCCAGACACAUUGAUCUGGUGGAAGAGCUGGUGGUAUAGAGGUGGGCCAGAUUGGCCUAACGAGUUUACGAAACCGUUCAAAAAGCGGGCUUUGGAUGGUAACGAGACGGAUCACGAGACCUUGAUCGAAAAUGAGGCAAUUGACAAACGAGAAGUUGGUGAUACCUCGAUAUUUGACGAGGGCGGGGCUUUGGAAGUUAACUGGUAAUGUGUUCGCAAAACUGCUAGCUUUAAUCGAUUGGAUCUAU